AUGAUGCGAGGUCUGCUAAAACUAUACAGUAGCCGCCACAGCUGCAAGAGACUCCCACGAGCUCUCUUCUCUGUUACUCGUGCUUCCUUUAGCUCCUCUGCUUCUUCUUUGCAUACGGUGUUGAAUGUAUUGUCCUCGCCAAAUUGUGACGGGACCACCACUGCCAAUAUAGGAGCCCGACAUCCAUGGUCCUUAAUUCAGCACCGGGGUGUUAAAGUGAAUGCCAUUCAUUUAAGACCUGGAAAUGUCAUUGAAAAAUCAGGGCGAAUUUACCAGGUGGUCGAAGUAGAGCACAGGCAGCGAGGCAGAGGAGGUGCAAUGAUGCAGAUUGAACUUCGUGAUGUUGACAGUGGAACAAAGCAGAACUCCAGGUUUGGAACAGAGGAGUCUGUUGAAAGAGUAUUUGUUCAAGAAAAGUCAUUUGCUUGUUUGUAUACGGAAGAUCAAAUGGCGUAUUUGAUGGACCCUAUUAACUUUGAACAACUGGAGGUGCCAUUGGAGUUGUUUGGCAAAGCUGCGGCAUAUCUAAAAGAGGAUUUGAAAGUCAAAUUGCAGUUAUACGAUGAUAGACCUUUAUCGGGAUCUGUGCCUAAACAAGUGGCAUGCUCCAUCAAGGAAACACUAGCCAAUAUGAAGGGGACAACAGUGACACCUCGGUAUGUAAAGGCUGUACUGGACAAUGGUCUCACUGUUCAAGUACCUCCUUAUUUACAGAUUGGCGAAAAAAUAAUUAUCAACACCGAAGAUGAUACAUUUGUUAGCAGGUGA